AUGCACGUCGCCAACCACCGGGUAUCUUGGGUGGAGUUCUGCCAAGCCUUCUGUGGUUAUCAUAUUUCCAAGGGGAUAAUGGAGAUCAAGAGGCGGAAGUUUCUGAACCUCAAGCAGGGAGGGAAGUCAGUGAUGGAAGGCGCAUUUAAAAAAGCAAAAAAACACCAAAAGGCGGCGGCCACGCUCUCCUCUGUGGCUGCCCCCUCCCUCUCCAAGCACAGCUCCAUUGUCAGAGCUCAGCAGCAGCCACCUCCUUUCAUCCUCUCAUCGUCAACCAGGACCGCCUUCCAUGGGCUGUCGCUGGUGGACAGGAGGUGGGCGGCCACUGCCGGCCACCGGAGAGGCACCGGGCGGCGGAAGCUGCUGCAGGUGAACGCGAGGACCACCGCGAAGAACAUCGAGGUGGAGGUCGACAAGCCGCUCGGACUGGCCUUGGGCCAGAAGCCCGGUGGUGGUGUCGUCGUCACUUCUGUGGAGUCUGGAGGAAAUGCAGCAAAAGCAGGUCUGAAAGCCGGUGACCAAGUGCUGUACACAAGUAGCUUCUUUGGAGAUGAGCUGUGGCCUGCAGAUAAGCUGGGGUUCACCAAGACAGCCAUCCAGGCAAAGCCAGACUCUGUCUACUUUGUAGUGAGCAGAGGUACCGACGUCGAUGUGAAGCGCCUACCGAAAAGGCCAGCGCCACCUCGAUUUGGACGGAAGUUAACUGAUGCACAAAAGGAGAGAGCAACACACGUCUGCCUUGAUUGUGGAUACAUAUACUUCCUACCCAAGCCUUUUGACGAACAGCCUGAUGAGUACGGCUGUCCUCAAUGCAAUGCGCCAAAGAAGCGAUUUGCAAGGUACGACGCGAAAACCGGAAAGGCUAUCGGUGGCGCUCUGCCGCCUAUUGCAGUGAUCAUCAGUUUGGUAAUCGGCAUUGCCGGAGUAGGGGCCUUGCUUGUAUAUGGCCUGCAAUAGGCUGUUCGUCUCUUCAGACACAUUUUUGCGGUGCGUCAAGAAGCUCAGCUAACUGCUGCUGUACCUGUACUCUACCUCACAAAACAUUCUGAAUCUGAGUGAUAUAUAUCAAAGGGAAAGGAAAUAUAUUAUGUUUGAGCCUAAUGACUAGUCUAAUUUCCCUGCUAUAUGCCUGGGCAUCAAUCAAUCCCUCUUUUCUUUAACCAUUA